CGCCAAAAAUUGACAGUUGUUGACAUCUGUUUUUGGUUGUGUUGUGGUUUGUGGUUAUAUUUUAUUUUGAUGAAAACAUUUAUUAUUUCACAAUGGUUUUGCAAAAUACUGGUAAAUAUAGAUCAGAUAGAGAAGAUUCAAGCAAGAAAGAUGCAGGUACUUCAUCAGGAAGCAGAGAAGAAUCAUCAGAAUCACGUAUAAGGAUAGCCUUGGAGAAUGACAAAAUUGACUCGAAAUAUGGAUUUGAUCGCGUACGAGAUGCCAAGGAAAGAACAGGUUACCUAAUAAAUAUGCACACAGCUGAAAUUCUAGAUGAAGACAAAAGGUUGGUGGCAGCGAUGGACUACUAUUUUAUUGAGAUGGACGGAGCCAGGUUCAAGAUAUCCCUGAUGUUCCAACCUUACUUCCUCAUCAUGGCCCGGCAGGAAUGUGAGCAGGAAGUCAUACAGUACUUGUCCAAGAAGUUUGCUGGGACUAUACACAAAAUUGAAAUCAUUGAAAAGGAGGAUUUGGAUUUGCUUAACCACUUAUCUGGUCUUAAACAAAGCUAUAUUAAGCUCUCCUUCAUGUCUCAAAAUGAAAUGAUGAAAGUUAGGAGAGAGAUACUCACAGCAGUUAAUAAGAAUAAAGAGAGGGAGAAAAAAGAUGCUAUUUAUGCUGAGAUGCUGACCAACGCACUGACAAGUGCUGCUGCGUUGGAGUACGCCAAGAAAACCACUGAUCACAUGGAAAAUAUUUUAGAUAUCAGGGAGCAUGAUGUGCCUUACCAUGUGAGAGUAUCAAUCGACAUGCAGAUUUUCUGUGGCACCUGGUACACUAUCAAAAGUCGCGGCACUGAGCCGCCAGUGUUCACCAAACGCGACGACAUCCUGGAACGACCUGACCCUAUAGUACUAGCCUUUGAUAUAGAAACCACAAAAUUGCCAUUAAAAUUCCCUGAUUCACAAACCGAUCAGAUUAUGAUGAUUUCAUACAUGAUUGAUGCACAGGGAUACUUGAUCACCAAUAGAGAGAUCAUUUCUACUGAUGUUGAAGAUUUUGAAUACACUCCUAAACCUGAAUUUGAAGGGCAGUUCAUAGUAUUCAAUGAAGAAAACGAAUUGGCUCUAAUACAGAAGUUUUUUGACCACAUAAUGGAUGUGAAACCCCACAUUUUCGUCACAUACAACGGUGACUUCUUCGACUGGCCCUUUGUUGAGGCGCGAGCAGCGAUACUGGGACUUGACAUGAAGCAGGAGAUUGGCUUCAGUAAGAUCACAGCCCGUGACGGCAGCUACGCCUGCCGCCCUGCUAUGCACAUGGAUUGUUUAUGCUGGGUAAAAAGAGAUUCAUACCUGCCAGUGGGGUCUCAAGGUUUAAAAGCCGUAGCCAAAGCGAAACUCAGGUACGAUCCGGUAGAAUUGGACCCUGAAGACAUGUGUCGCAUGGCGGCUGAACAACCACAGGUGCUAUCCAACUAUUCAGUGUCUGAUGCAGUGGCCACAUACUACUUGUACAUGAAAUACGUCCAUCCAUUCAUAUUUGCGUUAUGUACUAUUAUCCCAUUGGAGCCAGAUGAGGUACUCCGCAAAGGCUCCGGUACGUUAUGCGAGUCGCUGCUCAUGGUGCAAGCGUUCCACGCGAAUAUAGUCUUCCCGAAUAAGCAAGUGGAGGAGCUUAAUAAGCUUACUAACGAUGGACACGUGUUGGAGACCGAGACUUACGUAGGAGGCCACGUAGAAGCAUUGGAAUCUGGUGUUUUUCGAGCAGACAUCAAAUGCAAGUUCCGAAUCGUCCCAUCAGCUGUGGACAACCUCAUAUCCACCAUUGAGAAGACCAUGAAACACGCCAUAGAAGUCGAAGAGGGUAUUCCCCUAGAUCUGGUCACCAAUUUCGAUGAGGUGUGCGGCGAGAUCCGCGCCAAGUUGGAACAUAUGAGGGACCACCCGAGGAGGGACGAAAACCCGCUUAUUUACCAUUUGGACGUAGGCGCUAUGUACCCUAACAUCAUUUUGACUAACAGAUUGCAACCGUCAGCGAUGGUCAACACUAGCAUUUGUGCUGUGUGCGACUACAACAAGCCCGGCGCCACUUGCCAGAGGCACAUGGAGUGGAUGUGGCGAGGAGAUUAUCUGCCAGCAACAAGAAGUGAAUACCAAAGAAUACAGCAGCAGUUGGAGACUGAAAAGUUUCCCCCUCUACACCCAGGGGGACCUCAGAGAGCCUUCCAUGCUUUACCUAAAGAAGAUCAGGCCGCGUAUGAGAAAAAGCGGUUAGCGGAUUAUUGUAGAGUGGCGUACAAGAAAACUAAAGUAACUAGAACUGAAGUGCGGACCACGACGAUAUGCCAAAAAGAAAAUUCCUUCUACGUCGACACAGUACGAGCUUUCAGAGACCGUCGCUACGAAUACAAAGCGCUGAACAAACAGGCCAAAGCGAAAGUGGCCGAGGCCGUGGCGAGUGGCGACGCGGCCGAAAUCAAGUCGGCCAAGAGUCGGGAGGUCCUCUAUGACUCGCUGCAGUUGGCCCAUAAGUGCAUCCUCAACUCGUUCUACGGCUAUGUUAUGAGGAGAGGGUGA